AUGGAACGCGAAUCGAUUGAACGAAAUUUCGACGCCUAUGUGGCCAAGUUGGGCGACCCAAGUGUUGAGCCCAAAUUAAAAUGCGCCGCUGCGGUCGAGAUCCGCGACUCCUUGGAGCAAUUAUGUUCUGGCGCUACAUACCCGAUUUUCCUUGCGAAGCUAUGGCCGGCGUUCAAGAAAGUACUGAAGGGGGAACCGGUGUUUAUCAGCUUGUCAUUUGACCAGAAACUGCGAAAUUGUAUCCUGGAGAUCCUCCAUCGGCUUCCCCUUGAGCUUCCAGAGGUUGAACCAUAUGCCGGUGACAUGGUCGACCUGCUGAUAGAGCUUGUCCGAAACGAGAACGAAGAAAAUGCAGUCAUCUGCAUGAAGACGAUCAUGGACCUACAACGCCGGCAGGUCAGGGCGACGCAAUCGCGCGUCCAAUCAUUCCUGGAGCUCAUCCAGAACAUGUUCGAGGGCAUGCCUCAAGUUGUGAGGGAUACAUUCGAGACCCCGCAGGUUCAGGGGUCCACGCCUGGAAUGCCUUCAACACCAAGCACUGCAUCUCAGAACUUCCAGUCCCCGCGACCCAGCUCCCCGGCGACUUCAGUAUCCGAUCUUGGGCCGGAACAGCAGCAACCAAACCAGCUGCUGGCGAGGGGUAUGCACUCGUUCAAGGUCCUUGCGGAGUGUCCAAUUAUUGUCGUGUCGAUUUUCCAAAUACAUCGCGGCCCUGUGACCACCAACGUAAAGGUGUUCGUCCCUCUGAUCAAAGGAAUAUUACUUCUUCAAGCAAAACCACAAGAGAAAGCACAUGCAGAAGCUAAGGCGCGGGGGGAUAUCUUCACCGGAGUUAGCAAAGAAAUCAAGAACAGGGCCGCCUUUGGAGAAUUCAUCACCCUUCAAGUUAAGACCAUGAGCUUCCUUGCUUAUCUCCUUAGGGUAUAUGCAAGUCACCUUCAAGACUUCCUUCCCUCGCUGCCCGGUGUUGUCGUUCGGCUUCUGCAAGAUUGUCCAAGGGAGAAAUCGAGUGCCAGAAAAGAACUCUUGGUCGCUAUUCGUCACAUAAUAAACUUCAAUUACCGCAAAAUCUUUCUCGAUAAACUGGACGACCUUUUGGACGAGCGGACUUUGAUUGGAGACGGCCUUACUGUUUACGAGGCUCUUCGGCCUCUGGCAUAUAGCAUGCUAGCCGACCUGAUACACCAUGUGCGCGAAUCCCUUACUCGAGACCAAAUUCGACGUACCCUCGAAGUGUACACCAGAAAUCUCCACGACGAUCUUCCUGGUACAAGUUUCCAGGCAAUGAGCGCUAAACUUCUAUUGAACAUGGCUGAGAAGAUAGCAAGCAUGGAAGAUAAGAAAGAGGCGCGCUACUUCUUGAUUAUGAUACUUGAUGCCAUCGGAGAUAAAUUUGCUACCAUGAACUACCAAUUCAAGAACGCCGUCAAGACUUCAAAGCUCGUCAAACAGAACGCCGAUACCUUGGUCGAAGGAUACCUUGCUGACAAGAAUCAUCCUCCGGAUUGGGACGAAACUGAUAUAUUCAACGCAGCGCCGAUCAAAGCUACCAACCCUAGGGAUAGGAACGCAGAUCCAGUCAACGACAACAAGUUCUUGUUCAAGACACUGAUAACGGGGCUGAAAGGCCUGUUUUAUCAACUCAAGAGUUGUAAUCCCGAGGAUCUGAAAUUGGACCCAUCAUACACGCCCGUGAACUGGUCAGAGGUCUCAUUCGGGUAUAACGCUGAAGAAGUCCGCAUCAUCAAGAAACUCUUCCACGAAGGCGCCGGGCUGUUCAGAUACUAUGGUGCCGAUAACAAGGAGCCUGAAACGCAAUACACGACCCCGCUUGAAUUCCUCUCUAGCCAGUAUAUGCGACAUAUGGGAGGCGAGGAGAAGGAACUUCUUGAAAGUUUUGGGACUAUCUUCCACUGCGUUGAUACUGCCGCGUUCCAUGAAGUUUUCAAGAGCGAGAUCCCAUAUUUACAUGAUCUUAUGCUAGAGCAUAGUGCCUUGCUUCACCUUCCCCAAUUCUUCCUCGCAAGUGAAGCUACGUCGCCAGCUGUUGCUGGGAUGACCCUUCAGUAUCUUAUGGAGCACAUUCACGAAGUUGGUUCCUCAGACGUGAGGAACUCCCGAAUUCUCUUGAGGAUGUUCAAACUUUCGUUCAUGGCCGUGACACUUUUCUCAGCACAGAACGAGCAAGUGCUGCAUCCACAUGUGACAAAAAUUGUGACCAAGUGUAUUGAGUUUUCGGUAACUGCGGAAGAACCGAUGAAUUAUUUCUUGCUGCUCAGAUCGCUAUUCCGAAGCAUUGGCGGUGGACGCUUUGAGAUACUUUACAAAGAACUUCUCCCGUUGCUGGAAAUGCUGCUGGAAACAUUCAACAGCCUCCUACUCGGCGCCAGAAAGACACAGGAGCGGGAUUUGUACGUCGAACUGACGCUGACUGUGCCUGCGCGACUUAGCCAUUUACUUCCACACCUGAGCCAUCUCAUGAGACCACUAGUUGUUGCCCUCCGCGCAGGAUCGGAUUUAGUUAGCCAAGGCCUUAGGACUUUGGAGCUUUGCGUCGACAAUCUCACUGCCGAUUACCUGGAUCCUAUUAUGGCUCCGAUAAUGGAUGAGCUGAUGACAGCGCUUUGGGACCAUCUCAGGCCUAACCCUUACAGCCACUUCCAUGCUCACACAACAAUGAGAAUUCUGGGGAAACUCGGCGGACGAAACCGAAAAUUUCUCAAUCACCCCCCUGAGCUAUCGUUCCAACAGUACUCUGACGACGUUCCUAGUAUGGAUGUGAAGCUCAUCGGAUCUACCAAGGAUAGAGCGUUCCCCCUUGAUAUCGGAAUUGACCUAGCUCUUGGGAAACUGUUAGAAACAGUUCCACCCAAUGCAUCCGCAACUGUCAAGAAGUCCGACGCUUUUUAUAAGAAACAGGCCCAUCGCAUGCUGAGCUCUCAACUAAAGCUCUAUAUUGGUUUUGAACAUCCGCCUGAUGAUCUGGCAACACUUUUGCGCCUUCAAGCCAAUGAUCUUGCUGAUGGAAAGUUCACUGGAACACUAGAUAUCUUGGAAAAAUCCGAUCGCCAAUGUUCUGCUUCGAAGAAGCUCGCGCAGGAGACUACUCUAAAGAAGCUUUUGAAAGCCUGCAUAGUCGCGACAACAAUUCCACACCUAAAACAAAGUGCCACGGCUUUCAUGACGGACGUCUGCCGCCAUUUCACCAUUAUUGAGAUUGGACGAUCUCUUGCACAAUCGCGACAUAUACGGCGCCAGUUUAACGUGUCGCUUGGAGAGGGUCCUCUGUAUCUGGAUACGAGAACUCUUGCCGAUGCUGUUGUCGAGUGCCUGGUAUCCGAAGAUCCUGCGGUACGCGAUGCUGCGAAGGAGGUUAUUUUCAACGUCCGAAGCGCUGCUGUUGUUAUAUUCGGCUCAGCUGAAAAGGCAGGAAAACUCCCGUUCUUCCCACACCUUGGCAGAACGUUUUGCCACGCUUGUCACGAUGAGGAAUGGUUUACGAAAGCUGCUGGAAGCCUGGGCAUCCAUCUUUUUGUUACUGAGCUGGACUUGGGAAGUGCCUGGCUAGUUGACCGCCAGGUUGAAUUCAUUCGUGCGCUUAUGUACGUGAUCAAAGACACACCUUCGGAUUUCCCUGGUGCGACCCGAAUUCAAGCCCAUAAGACAAUAACCCUGAUACUUCAAAAAUGCAACGAAGGGGUUUCCAAAGAUGAGCUGAAGAACGAAAAGAGCAGAGUCUUUGCUUUGUGUGGUGUCUUGAGUUAUGAAUUAGCUCACAUGAACAAAUAUGUUCGCCAUGUUGCUCAGAGUGGAAUAUCAACUCUUGCAACUACCUUGGGUGCGGAGGUGCACGAACUAAUUACCCCCGUCAAGGACCGACUUUUGAUGCCAAUAUUCAACAAACCACUGCGUGCUCUACCGUUUCCCACACAAAUUGGUUGCAUUGAGGCGAUAACAUACUGCCUGGGUCUUCGACAAAACAUCGUCACCUUUAACGAUCAGCUCAAUCGCCUACUGAUGGAAUCGUUAGCUCUUGCUGAUGUAGAUGACGAAUCGUUAGCCGCCAAACCAAACGAGUUCAAGACAGCUGAACAGAUAGUUAACCUUCGGGUUUCUUGUCUUCGCCUUCUUUCAAUGGCAAUGGGCUUCCCCGACUUUGCAAGUGGUCCGCAGAGCCAUAGUCGUGCUCGAAUUAUCGCUUGUUUCUUUAAGUCGUUGUACUCGAGGUCGCCUGAGAUUAUUGACGCAGCAAACUCUGGGCUGCGCGACGUUCUCACCCAGACCAACAAGUUGCCUAAAGAUCUUCUUCAGAACGGACUUCGUCCUAUUCUGAUGAACCUUCAAGACCCGAAGCGUCUGAGUGUUGCUGGGUUAGAUGGUCUGGCACGACUCCUCACUCUCCUGACAAAUUAUUUCAAAGUUGAGAUUGGCUCUCGACUCUUAGACCACAUGAGAGUCAUUGCGGACGAGAAUGUAUUGCAGAAAGCAUCUUUUGGACUUGUCGAACAGAACCCUCCCAUGAAAAUUGUUGCAGCCAUCUUCAAUAUUUUCCAUCUUCUCCCAGCUGCAGCGACGUCUUUCAUGGAGAAUCUUGUCAAUAAGGUCUUGUACCUGGAAGACCGACUAAGACGAACGUCUAGCAGCCCAUUUAGGAAACCGCUCCUUAAAUACCUGAACCGAUAUCCGAAGGAGAGCUGGAAUUUCAUGCAAACCAAAUUCCAUGAAGAGAAAUAUGGAAGAUUCUUUGGUCAGCUCUUAGCAGACCCCGAAAGCUCCGCCUUACGUUCUGCCGUCUCUGCUGAUACAGAAACCUUCAUAAACCUGGCAUUCUUGCAAGAGGAGUCUCCUAGCAAAAAUACGGCAGCCAUCAAUGGAAUUUACUUCGCUCACUCGGUUUGUUCACAUGAGGCUACGAAAGGAUGGUUGAAAGCACAGCCAGAACUCAAACGGCGCCUUCUGAACAGUGGCCGGGAUUUGAAUUCUAAACUUCGAGACGAUAAACUACCACCUGACGAGCGGUUGAGGGUUGAACAAGCUCAAGAUCAAUUGUUGGAAGUUUUCACAAUCCACUUUGCUUAUUGUCUUGAUGAUCUUGAUUUCCUCUUUGAUGUCAUUGACAAGAUCUCUGCCAAUGAAUUGAAAACGACGCUCACAAUACCGAAAUUCUUUUAUGAAUAUAUUAUCACAAACCCAUCUAUUAGUUACCGGAGGUCGGUCAUCACUCGCUGCUUGGAUCUUUAUAGCCAGCGCAACUCGGCCCAGAAGUUAAAAACUUAUGCAUUCCAUUACCUGGUUAAUCCUAUUCUCGCCAUGGAUGUGAAGAACACCUGGGACAGUCCUACUCCAGGCACGGGGGUGCUUGAUCGGAGUUUGACUGACCAUAUUCAUAAUCGACUCUGGAAACCACAAUUGGGUGACCUCAGUGAAGAAUCUAGUCAAGAUGGUGUGGAUCAUUCUCGUAUGGAACUUCUUCAACUCUCAGCUCUACUUAUCAAGUAUCACCAUGGCAUCGUCCAAGAUACCAGGAAGGAUAUUAUCAAAUUUGCGUGGAGCUACAUUCGGCUUGAAGAUACCAUUAACAAGUACGGAGCCUAUGUGUUGAUCAGCUACUUUAUAGCUCACUAUGAAACCCCCUCGAAGAUCGUUGUGCAAAUCUAUGUUGCCUUGCUAAGAGCCCAUCAGAACGAGGGAAAAUCCUUGGUCACUCAAGCAUUGGAGAUCCUGGCGCCUUCACUUCCAAAGAGGAUAAUUUCCGGACCUGAUCCUCGUUUCCCGCUGUGGGCGAGAUUGCCACGGCGUAUUCUAACUGAAGAAACAGCUAACCUGCAGCAGGUCAUGAGCAUAUUGCAAUUCCUCGUUCGACAGCCCGACCUGUUCUACGAAGCCCGUGAAAACUUUAUUCCCCUAAUAAUCCCUUCACUGGUUAAGAUUGCGGGCCCCAGUAAUCUAUCCUUCGAUAGUAAAAAGCUGGUUUUGCAUUUAGUCACCCUGAUCUGGACCUGGGAAGAGAGAAGGGUCGCUGGGCGGCGAGACACACCUUCACCAAUAUCUACGAAACGAAAGCUGGCCGAGAUGCAAGCAUCACCAUCAAUGGGUGCAACUCCACUUCCACCGAAAGAGCGCCCGGAAUAUACAAUUCCACUAGACCUGAGGACUCCUCUUGUGAAGUACCUUGUUACAUUCAUCUGCAGUCUAGUUGACCGCUUCUCCGUCCCUGCUGCCCGAUUCCGAGAACUUCUUCCACCCAAACCUCACCAAGCCCUGGGUAAUUAUGGAGAAAUUUGCAAGAAAUCAGUAGUCCUACUUCGUCGUUUCCUCUCACCGGAGUACUGGUCUGAUGUGGACAUCGAUCUUUACCAGAAGGCGUUGGAGCCUGUUUUGUGUGGUGAAAAGGCCGACAAACCCGAUGAGAAGCAUAUCACGGCCAUGAUUAACGCACUACAAGUUCUACGGUUGCUCUUAGCUGGAAAACCAAAUAGCUGGAUUCUUGACCGCAUGCCUGCUAUUCAAAACCUUGUUGAGAAGUCGUUACGAUCCGAAAAUCCAGAGAUCCAAGAUUGUUUACAUGGUGGCGAGGAAAACAUGGACAUCUCUCCAAAACUACCACCUCCAAUUAAGAGAGUUCUGGAUGCACUCCCACAAGAAGAACCUUCCGAAGAAGAAGGGGGUAUGGAUGUUGAUAAGCCGUCUUCUGAAUUUGUGACCUUCCUUUCAACUGUGGCAACCGAAUCGAUCUCAGGCGGCAAUUACAUGGCUGGAAUCAAUAUUCUUUGGACACUCUCAAAGUGUCAGCCAGCAGAGAUGGACCAGCACAUUCCUCAUGUUAUGAAGAUCUUCUCACAAAAGCUUGCCAAGGACCAUGUUGCAGCCUAUACCAAUACCCAGUCUGCGGCAAGUCGAGCCAUGGAGCAACAAACCUCAGCGCCGGAUCCUCAUGAAUUGGAGGUCGGAAUUGACUUGAUCUCAAAAACCAUUGACCUGAUCGCUGUUCGAAUGUCGAAUUUGGGCGACCAGAGACGGCCUUUCCUUAGUGUAUUGGCGCAACUCGUUGAACGGUCUCAGAAUGUGCCACUCUGCACCAAGAUUCUAGGAAUGGUGGAGAACUGGAUUUUCCAGCCCACUGAAUCCUGGCCGACCCUGAAAGAGAAGACUGCCGUCCUGCAUAAGAUGUUGCUCUUUGAAUCUAGGGCCGAUUCGACGAUGCUUGGAAAAUUCUUAGAGCUUGUUAUCCGGGUUUAUGAAGAUCCCAAGAUUACAAGGACUGAACUCACUGUCAGAUUGGAACACGCCUUCCUUAUUGGCACCAGAGCCCAAGAUGUUGAUAUGCGCACUCGAUUCAUGUCCAUAUUUGACAAGAGUUUAACACGCUCCGCCAAUACUCGUCUUAGCUAUGUUCUCACCUCGCAGAACUGGGACACACUUGCAGAAUCAUUCUGGCUCACACAAGCUUCCCAACUAGUCAUGGGUUCCGUUGACAUGACAGCGUCAGUUAAAUUACAUCCAGACGACUUUACCCUUCCUCCUGCUUCAUUCUUAUUUGGACACUCCGAAAAAGAUCCAGCGAAAGAAAGCAUUGUUGUGGACAGCCACCUUGAGGCCCUUGUUGCAGACCAGAAAAGGUUUUCUGCAGAACUCGGGGAUGUUAAAGCCCGUGAUGUUCUUGAGCCGCUUACUGAGCUUCAACAUGCUGACCCUGAAGUUGCAUACAAGGUCUGGGUGAGCUUGUUCACGAUUUGCUGGUCCUCCUUGACACGAGAUGAACGAAUCGAUUUGGAAAAGGGUAUGGUAUCGCUUCUUACGCGCGAAUACCAUCAUAGACAAAUCGAUGAGCGCCCCAAUGUUGUCCAGGCCCUUCUUGAAGGAGUGAUUAGGGCCACCCCGCGUUUCAAAGUUCCUCCUCAUGUAAUGAAAUUCCUGAGCCGCACUUUUGAUGCUUGGUACAUGGCUGCUAUUGCGCUUGAGCGGUAUGCGAUUGACCCAGUUAUUGACACACCGGUAGUCCGAGAAAGCAACCUGGAUGCUCUUGUUGAGAUAUAUGCUGGGCUGCAGGAAGAUGAUAUGUUUUAUGGUACCUGGCGACGGCGCUGCAAAUUUGUGGAGACAAAUGCAGCCCUUUCCUACGAACAACAAGGAAUGUGGGAUAAGUCUCAGCAGUUGUACGAAUCAGCUCAGAUCAAAGCACGGACUGGUGCCAUUCCAUUUGCACAAGCUGAAUACUUCCUCUGGGAAGAUCACUGGAUGAUUUGUGCUCAAAAGCUCCAGCAAUGGGAAAUAUUGACUGACUUCGCAAAACACGAAAAUUUCAACGACCUGCUUCUGGAAGCUACUUGGCGAAAUUUAGAGAACUGGCAAGGCGAUACCAACCGUGAACAGAUCGACUCUCUUCUAAAGUCAGUCUCAGACGCGCCAACACCUCGCCGAACGUUCUUCCAGGCUUUCAUGUCCCUCUUGAAAUUUCACACAAAGCAGGAAACGUUGCAGGAUUUCAAUAACGUGUGUGAUGAGUCUAUCCAGCUCUCAAUCAGAAAAUGGCACCAGCUUCCGAAGCGAAUCACCAAUGCCCAUAUUCCCAUCUUGCAAAACUUCCAGCAGCUUGUGGAGUUACACGAUGCAAGUGUCAUCUGUACAAGUCUUUCGCAAACUAAUGAGCGCAACAUGGAUACCAAAUCAGCCGAAUUGAAACUCCUUCUUACCACCUGGCGGGACAGGCUACCUAAUGUCUGGGAUGACAUUAAUGCCUGGCAGGAUCUCGUUACCUGGCGACAACAUAUUUUCCAGUUGAUCAACUCCACGUAUCUCAAUCUCCUCCCCCCUCAAACUAACAACGUCGCGAGUAACUCUUAUGCUUUCCGAGGAUACCACGAAACGGCAUGGAUCAUCAAUAGAUUUGCCCACGUCGCACGGAAACAUCAAAUGCCAGACGUCUGCAUUAACCAGCUUAGCCGGAUCUACACCUUGCCCAAUAUUGAGAUCCAAGAAGCCUUUUUGAAGUUAAGGGAACAAGCCAAGUGCCACUAUCAAAACCCGAAAGAACUAAAUAGCGGCCUGGAAGUCAUCAACAACACCAAUCUUAACUACUUCAAUUCCCAGCAAAAGGCAGAAUUUUACACUCUGAAGGGCAUGUUUUUGGCGAAGUUGGACCAUGCGAACGAAGCAAAUGAAGCGUUCGGUGUUGCCUUGUUCUAUGACCUACGUCUAGCUAAGGCAUGGGCUGAAUGGGGACAAUAUAGCGACCAACGAUUCAAAGCUGAUCCCUCUGAUAUGGAUCAGGCUUGCAAUGCAAUUAGUUGCUACUUGGAGGCAGCUGGUCUGUACAAGAGCCACAAGUCAAGAAAACUGCUUAGCCGUAUCUUGUGGUUGUUAAGUCAGGACAACGACGAAGGGAAGAUAGCAACUGCUUUUGAGGCCUUCAAAGGAGAUACCCCUGUUUGGUACUGGAUUACCUUCAUACCUCAGCUACUCACAAGCCUUGCGCACCGGGAAGCCAAGCUAUGCAAGGCGGUUCUCGGAAAGAUUGCCAAACUAUAUCCUCAAUCGCUAUUCUUUUUGCUCAGAACUAGCCGUGAGGACUAUCUGGGGCUCAAAAAGUCGCAAGAACAGAAACAGGAGAAGCUCAACCGAGCCAAGGCGUCGGGCUCUCCCUCUGUCAAGAGUGGCUCUCCGGAAACCAAACCUUCUCUACUUCCAGACGGCACAGCAGCAUCAAGCUCCCCCAGAGCCGUACCCUCGCCCAAACCUGCACCCCCAGCGGCCGCUGGCGCAGGCGUGCAAACUCCUACUGAUGCUGAUGCCGCGCAAAAGGACAAACAACCCUGGGAGUAUGCUGAUGAGACAAUGGCAGGACUGAAGACAGCGUUCCCCCUACUUGCUUUGACCAUGGAAACCAUGGUAGACCAGAUACACAAAAACUUCAAAUGCCCGCCAGACGAAGAUGCUUAUCGACUUAUCGUUGCAUUACUCAAUGACGGCCUCGCGUAUGUCGGCCGUAUGCCCACAUCGUACGCACAGGAUUGCAAACUCCCUCAUUCCACCGAAGCGAAUAUUACACGAUUCGCGGAAACUAUCCUCCCUGCACACAUACGAAAGUCAUUUGAGGCUGAUUUUGUUAUCAAGAAGCCUACAAUGUAUGAGUACAUACAUAAGCUACGACGAUGGAGGGAUAAAUUUGAAGAAAAACUGGACCGUCGACCUCAGUUCGCUCACCUUGAGUCCUUUUCUUCUCAUCUCAGCGAAUUCAAGUUCAUGAAAUUCGACGAGGUUGAGGUUCCUGGACAAUACCUUGAGCACAAUGACAAGAACCAAAAUUUUGUUCGUAUUGAUCGAUUCUUGCCUCACGUUGAUCUUGUACGUGGUAUCGGCGUAUGUCACCGUCGUUUGAGGAUCCGUGGUCACGAUGGUAGUUUGCACACAUUUGCUGUUCAACACCCGGCCGCCCGCCAUUGUCGACGCGAGGAGAGAAUGCUGCAACUUUUCAGAAUUUUCAACUGUGUUUUGAGGAAACGCAAGGAGAGUCGCCGGCGUAAUAUCUACUUCCAUCUCCCGCUUAUGGUUCCUUUUGCACCACAUAUCCGCCUUGUCAAGGAUGACCCGUCUUACAUUUCUUUGCAAGGCAUAUACGAAGAUCACUGCCGCCAAACCGGAAUGGCCAAAGACGAGCCUGUGCUAUUUACGAUGGAGAAAAUGCGGGCGUUAGCGGAGGCAAAAGCAAAUCGCGUUCCUGAGCAAGCCGCCGUCCUUCGCACGGAGAUAUUUGAUGCUAUUCAGAAGAAAUGGGUCCCCAACACAAUUCUCCUGCAAUUCGUCCAGCAAACGUACCCCAACUUCGCAGAUUUCUGGCUCUUCAGACGACAAUUCUCAUACCAAUACGCCGCAAUUGCAUUUAUGACCUACGUAAUGCAUAUGGGUAACCGAUACCCGAGCAAGAUACACAUAUCCCGACGUACUGGCGAUAUCUGGAGCUCUGAGUUAAUUCCAGCAAUGAACUCUGCCAGAGCAAUCUUCUACAACCCAGAGCAGGUUCCAUUCCGGCUAACGCCUAAUAUCCAAACUCUGAUGGGACCAUUGACAACGGAAGGCAUAUUCGCAUGUGCUAUUAUGGCCAUCGCUCGUUGCCUCACUGAGCCAAGACUUGAACUAGAACAACAGCUCAGUAUCUUUGUACGAGAUGAACUUGUAAUGUGGGCUAGCGCUCAGCAGCGUGUCCUGCAACAGCUCAAGGAUAUGGUGCAGAGUAAUAUCGACUACAUCGUUAACCGAGCGGUCAGCUUGACCAGCUCUCCCGAUGGCAACCUUCCUGCGAACCAGUCUGUUAUUGACCUCAUUUCUCGAUCCGUUAACCCUCAUAAUCUUGCUCAGUGCGAUGCCCUAUGGAUGCCAUAUAUGUGA